UCGAUAAUAACUUCAUCUUAAACUACAGUUUCUCGAUAAAAGACGGGCCGUCUUUACUGGUGUUUUAAUGUCACGGCGCGACAAAAAAUGGAAUUAUCAAACAAACUGCGAUUGGAAAGGUGCCCGAUUUUGGCGACAGCAUUGUUAUUAUUACCCGCGUUAACGGUGCUGUGUAACGACAUCCUCAGCCUGAAGGUGGCAGGAGAUCCAGUUUUAACCCCCAACUCAGUGUGCCUGCGGCUGGCAGGCCUCAGUAAUCGUCAGAUGAGGAUGUGUGUACGCAGACCUGAUGUGACGGCCUCAGCCCUGCAGGGAAUCCAGGUGGCCAUCCACGAGUGCCAGCAUCAGCUCCGGGACCAGCGCUGGAACUGCUCGACUUUGGAGGCCCUCGGCAGGCUGCUGCAUCACAGCGACAUCCUCAACCGGGGUUUCCGUGAGAGUGCCUUCUCGAUGGCCUUAUUAUCAGCGGGUGUGGCUCACUCAGUGAGCUCGGCCUGCAGCAUGGGCAAGCUGCGGGGAUGUGGCUGUGAGGGCAAGCGUCGCCAGGAUGAUGACAAGCUUCGGCUAAAGCUCACACAGAUGCAGCUGCAGACGCUGCAGAAAGGUGUACUGGGGAUGAACAUGGCCCACUCGCUACCCUCAGGUCCCCAGAGCAAUCUGCCCGCUGACCUUCACUCCAGCCACCGCUCUGCACUGCUCAAGCCUUUUCAGGAUGAGCUGACCUCCAUGCAGGAGACGUGGGAGUGGGGGGGCUGCAAUCAUGACUUCCGUUUUGGGGACCGUUUCUCCAGGGAGUGGCUGGACUCGCGGGGAGCUUCCAGGGACAUCCACGCUCGUAUGAGGAUACAUAACAACCGAGUGGGACGACAGAUAGUGGCUGACAACGUGAAAAGGAGAUGCAAGUGUCAUGGCACUUCAGGGAGCUGCCAGUUAAAGACCUGUUGGCACGUUUCACCAGAGUUUCGGCUCGUAGGUUCGAUCCUCAAAGAAAAAUUCCUGUCAGCCAUGUUGGUCAACUCACAGAACAAGAACAACGGGGUCUUCAAUACUCGAAUAGGGAACGGUGACCGCAGGAGAACGGAUGAACUGAACGGAGGUCGUCGUCGAAGAGUAUCCAGAGAGUUGGUCUACUUUGAGAAGUCCCCUGACUUUUGUGAGCGUGAUGCAUCCAUAGACUCUGCAGGUACACAGGGACGGAUCUGCAACAAAACAAGCCACGGCACGGACAGCUGCAGCUCACUUUGCUGCGGCCGAGGACAUAACAUAAUGAAAAAAACUCACAGCCAACGCUGCAACUGUAGGUUUCACUGGUGCUGCUACGUGCUAUGUGAGGAUUGCCGCAUCUCGGAAUGGGUCAGCGUGUGCAAAUAGAUCACGGCACUGUCCUGUCCUGCUGCCUUGACAUAUUUGGGACUCAAGAUGUAGAGUCCGUAACCUUCUACUGUUUUGCUCCUUGUGACUGACAGUGUGGGGUUGUUUCUUAUCCUCAUUGUCAGGUGUUUAUUUUUUGCCUUUUGUUGCUGCUGUUAGUGUCAAAGAUUGAAGAAGAGGCUCAUGUCAUGGUGUAGAUGCUUUACUUAGUCGCAAACACAGAAUUGUCAAAAUGCUGCCUCACCGGCUUGUACAGUAGCAAUGCAUUUUAGCAGCUACAGUGGUGUGAAAACGUGUUUGCCCCCUUCCUGAUUUCUUAUUUUUUUGCAUGUUUGUCACUCUUAGUAAAUGUUUCAGACCAUCAAAUACAUUUAAAUGUUAGUCAAUGACAACACAAUCGAACG